AUGGGUGAUCGCAAUCAUGAUCCGGGUAUUAUGGAUAAAUCGAUGCGUUCAGUGUUUGUGGGCAACAUACCGUACGAUGCCACCGAGGAAGCAUUGAAGGAAAUUUUUUGUGAGGUUGGCCUGGUACUAUCUAUGAAGUUGGUGUACGAUCGUGAAACUGGUAAACCAAAAGGCUAUGGCUUUUGUGAGUAUAAAGAUAAAGAGACGGCUCUCAGUGCUAUGCGUAACCUCAAUGGGUACGUGUUCGGUGGAAGGCCGCUUCGCGUGGACAAUGCUUGUACGGAAAAGUCGCGCAUGGAAAUGGCUGCACUGCUGCACGUCACACGUGCCGAAAGCCCAUACGGCGACCACUGCUCGCCACAGCAUGCGCCGGAGGUUAUCACGAAACAUGUUAGCAGCAUGCCACCGGAACGCUUACACGAGCUAAUGUUGCAGAUGAAACAGUUGGUUCAGACAAAUCUGUUCGAGGCGCGCCACCUGUUGGUACAAAACCCUCAGCUAGCUUACGCACUGCUACAAGUACAGGUGCUCACCAAGGCGAUUGAUCCAGCAGCGGCUUAUUCGUUCCUGUACAAAUCGCAAUCCGCUCCCAACUUCAACGACCAAUUCCAACAAAACCAACCUCAAGGCGGAAUGCAGGGAAAUUCGGGACAGUUCAUGCCACCGUUCGGGGCCAAUGGGAAUGUCGAAAACUUUCGUCCAAAUGUGGAUCCUAGGCUUGGACGCCAGGUCGCAUCGGGUGCAAAUGAUUAUGAUCAUCGGAAUCGGUUUGCUGCUGGUGGCCAGGCGGCACAAAGACCAACGCCGCUACCUCAGAAUGCACCACCAUUUCCAACCGAUCCUAGACAGCGGCCUGUCGAUCCACGUAUGGGAAAAGAUCCUCGUCUAAUGAAUGCAGCCGGUGGUCAUUUUGCACCAAAUGCAAAUCAGCCUGGUGGCGGUGUGGGAAGACCGAUGGUCCCUCCACCCAGUGCCGCAUCGCUGUCGGCUGCAUCAUCCGGGCUGAAUUUGGAUCCACUUCCAAGUGACGCCACUGAUCAAGAAAAGGCCGCACUUAUCAUGCAAGUGCUGCAACUGUCGGAUGAACAGAUUAACCUUUUGCCCCCGGAGCAGCGCAAUAGUAUUCUGGUUCUAAAGGAACAAAUAGUUCGAAGUACCCAAAUUCGAUGA